GGUGGGGAAGUCUAAGCCCUGAAGGGCAGAGUUUCGCUGAAAUGAAAGUGGAAGCAAAGAGUCUGCAAGUGUAUUUCAGGCUCUCCUGAGGCUGGGAGAGAUCGAAGACUCACAGAGGAUACAAGCAAAAACUUAGUCGUGGUGGACUCAGCCAUUCUGCGCCCAGCUCUGAAGCCGUGGUUCUUGCCAACCGGACCCCAGAACCAUGCUUGUCACCCAUGAUGCCGUCAUCCAUGCCCUUCAAGCGGAGCAGGCCAGACUGAGGAUGAGACUGCAAAAGCUGCAGCAACUGAUUAAGGGCCCCAUGGACCCCCCCCAAGAUAAGGUCCCAUUCCCAGUGCCUGAGAGGCCCCUGGUAUUUCGAGGCCACACUCAGCAGGGCAAGGAAGUGCCCAAGUCUUUGGUUUCCAACCUGCGGAUAUGCUGCCCUCUGCCUGGAGGCUCUGCUCUGGUCACCUUUGAUGACCCCAAGGUGGCAGAGCAGGUGCUGCAACAAAAGGAGCAUAAGAUCGACAUGGAAGAGUGUCGGCUACGGGUGGAGGUCCAGCCCCUGGAGCUGCCCAUGGUGACCUCCAUCCAGGUGUCCAGCCAGAUGAGUGGCCAGAAGGUGCUGGUCAGUGGGUUUCCUGAAGGGCUCGAGCUGAGUGAGGAGCAGCUGCUGGACAAGAUGGAGAUCUUCUUUGGCAAGGCUGGCAACGGGGGUGGUGAUGUGGCCAUUCGGGAACUGCUGCAAGGGGGUGUCAUGCUGGGUUUCACUGAGGAUGGAGUGGCCAAGCGCCUAUGCCAGAUUGGCCAGUUCAAGGUGCCACUGGGCAGGCAGGAGUUCCUUCUGAGAGUCUCUCCCUACAUGAGUGGGGAGCUCGAGAAGAUUGAGAUCAAGUCCCAGCCAGUGCCCCACUCGGUGCUAGUGCUCAACAUUCCCGAUGUUCUGGACAGCCCGGAGCUGCAUGAUGUCCUGGAGGUCCACUUCCAGAAACCCACCCGUGGAGGCGGGGAGGUGGAGGCCCUGACAGUCGUGCCCCCAGGAGAGCAGCGUGUGGCCGUCUUCACCUCUGAGUCCGGCUAGGAGACCGCCCUUCUCAUCACCCCCCAGCCUCUCUGCCAAGAUUCUCAAACUGGGGGCUGGGUGCGGGCGCGCAUUGUGUACACGGGAGAGAGCUUUAUGUUUAUCAACGGGAGGCAGGGAUUAGAAGUUGCAAAACACUGCCCAACAACAGUAAAAGUGUGUGGGUAGCUGA